AUGCCGCAGAACAAAAACAGCGGCGGGCGCUACUUUGGAAAUUUUGUCACAAGUGAAGAUGCCCAAAAUACAGGAGAGGGGCUGGAAGGGGGCAGAAGCAAGGAGGCCGAGGAUGCUAACAAUACUCGUAAUCAUGGCAGGCCCAGGACGGGGACAGGAGUCAAGAUUCAGGUUGACCUCCACGCCUUAUUUGAGGCUGCAUUGCCCGACUUGAUGGCCAGUCCACGGCAACCGAGUUCAAGUUCAAGGGUGCAACUUCUGCAACCAAAACAACAACAACCGCCUGCACCACCACGACCUGCAAAACCACAACAACCGCUCACACCACAACAACGCCCACCCCCCGUCUCCCUGCAGGCGGACCCGAAACCAAAACAAUCCCUCCGGAAGACGCCUAGUCUAACUCCAUCCCUUCUUGCCAUACCCCACCCUUCUCAUUCGAUAACUCUGUCCCUUCUCCCUCCUGAUAACCAAUCGCCUUCUUCUUCUUUUUCUUCUUCCCGACCAAUCUCUCCUUCACUUUCAACUACAACAUCGUCUGAGUCUGUCGAAUAUAUCCACCAACAAUAUCCUGAAGCACAAAACGUAAUUCGAAAGCGAGACGCGUUUCUCAAUAUGCUGGCCUGGCUACGAGGAGACCAACAGGGCGAAGAGGAGGAGGUCGACCAAGAUUUGAUAAUACCAGAUCAAGAUCUCCCUGAUGACCCUGAAACUCCAGGCCCAGCCACCUUUGCAUUCAAUGCGUUCAGAAACGGACUAUUUGGGACUCCAAAACCAGACCUCGAAGUUCAGGAUAUCCGCCCGCACCAUAACCCACGCCGUGAACGGGAUCAUCGUCCAAAGUUCGGCCGGGACGUUAUGAGUGAUGAGGAUGUGUUUACGAGUUCGAAGCGACGAAUACCCCUCGAAAGUCGCAGCCCUAGCCGUUUCAAGACCUUCGAGGAUGCUAUGACUCCACCAAGGAGGAAUCCUCAGAGUAUCUUGGUGACACCUGGCAAUACGAUCUCCAAAAAGAAGACAGUUUCUUUUGGCCCCGAUCAAGUCCAUGAGGACACAUUCUGUUAUGAAUCUCGUACAGGACGUGUUCGAUCUGGUCUCCCUGCGGACUACCCUGGAAAAUUCCCUAGCCCGUGGACUCCAAAGAUCACCAACGAACUCCCAAAGAGAAGGACGUCUCGAGAACUUGCCCGUGUUGAGGAGAUCGAAAUCUUCGAGGACCAGAACAAACCAUAUAAGGGAACGCCAAAGCCCAAGACAAAAACCUCGACAGUCUCAAAGACAAAGGAUGACGCUAAAUCUGUAGACGAUCAAAUUCAAGCUCUUCGUGAAAACACUGCCCGAAUUAAUGAUAUGAUUGAGGAGGCCAGCGUUCAACAAGCCACCGAUGUCGAUAUUACAGUUAACCUUGAUGAGCCUCGUUCCCGUUCUGGAGUUUAUUGGAAGGAUAGAUACUCAAAUGACAUCAACCAGGCGGAGAAGAAAGUCGAAUUCUACAAGGCUCGCAAGGAUACCUCCGUCGAGUUUGCUUCUAAAAAAGAUGAGCAAGCCGCCAAUCUAGCCACCAGGCUCAAGGAAGAAAUCGAACUUCGAAAAAAGAUGCAAGCCGAGAUCGACAAAUGGCAAAAGAUGGCAAUGGAAACCCGAACUGAACCAAAUCCAACUGUAAACGCUCCUCUUACCGAAACAUACCAACAAAAGACUAUCGAACGCCUCCGCCGUGAAACAUCCGAAUACCGAGAGCUAAUUCGACAGAAGGAAGUUGAAAUGACCGACCACGAAUACCAGCUGGACCGACAGAGAAGUGAAAUCGACCGCCAGGCUCGCCGCAUCAAGGAUCUCGAGGCUUCCCUCCAGGCUAAAAAAGAAGCGGCAGAUGAAGUCUCCCUAUUUAAUGCCAAUGCCGAGUCUGAAGUUAGGAACCUCAAACGUGAACUUCGUAAGGCAGAAGCCGCCGCCGCUGGAAAAGAUGUUCUCACCGCAAAAUUCGAGAAUUCCCAACGUGAGGUGGAAAGGCUCAAGCAACAGCUAUCACUUGUCAAGGAAGAAAACCACCGCCUCAAGGUCCAACAGAAAUCUGACAACCCUCUUGACGAUAUUCCUGUCAACCCCGCCAAAACAUCUAUUCCCGCUUCCCAACCUGCUCCCGAACAAGACAUCUGGCAAUCACUUUCUGGCCUCAAUGCUCCUAAAGACAAACCCCGUAGCCGUGGCAGUCCCAAAAUCACUGAGCACUCGGCUUUCCCCAACGUUAGCGUCGUUGAUAGGAAACCUGAGCUCGGUGGAAUAUUCUCCAAACCCACACCUGCACCGGUCACAAAACCAAAGGACACUAUCCCCACGAUUGACGAAUAUCUCAAGCAGGAGGAUUCUAACCUUACCCCCAAGAAGUCCACCGCUGUCGCAAACCUUCGAUCUGCUACUACAAAAAACGACCCGAACUACAAGUCUACGCCUAAGCCUCGCAGAUCCGUCAUCUCAACCCCAAUUAUGACCGAAAAGGAGAUUUUACGACAACUUGACCAUAGCGACUUGUCUCUUCCCCCAAUAUCUCCAACAAUGGCCUCGAUGUCUGACACCGAUCUUGAUAAAUUGAGGAGCAUUGCAAAGCCCCUUCCAAGGAGAAGCCGGGAGGACCUUAAAUACGAUCCCGCAGCACCCAAACCCGUCAGCCCCAUGAAGGCUCGUGGGAUUGAUGACGCUCCACCUUCUAGUCCAAUGCCUGAAAUCGGUGUUUUACCGCCGAAAUACGAAACCGAUGACGAAAAGGCUAUCAUGCGACGACAAGCUACGAGCCCUAUGCCCAAAUAUUUCAACUUCGAAAAAUCGCCAAAUCCAAGGAGAGGAAGCUUUGCCAGCCUACGGAGCUUUGCUAAUACAAAGCUUUCUAAGAAGAGUCCGUUAGAGCUGUGCGAUGGUAUAUCUCUCAAGACUACGGCGGCUGUUGCGGCUCCUGUUGAGGUUACCGGCGUUGGCGUCACUGCUAAGACCAGUGCUGGAUCCGACGCAGACGCAAAGCGAAAGCUGGCUGCCGCAAAAAUGGCAGAAAUGAAGGCAAGGAUGAAAGCAGAGAGCAAGGCAGCUAAGAACUGA